ACUAUUCCACUUUCAGUAUGGACGAGAAGUUACCAGACGGCAGACACAGACAUCCCGCAGACUGUACCCGGUACAUCGAGUGUAAGUCUGCCCAAACAGACAUCAAAGUCUGUCCGGCUGGAUCAGCCUUUGAUCUCACUACGGCGGCAUGCAGCUCAGCCAACUACACGAGCCUCUGUCUGGGCAGUGACGCUGUGUCGGGGCAGUUGACUCCAGGAUACAACGGUCAGUUUGCAUAGCUUCAGUUAUGGAACUUUUAUGAACAUUUUGCACUGGACAUUGUCCUGUGUUACGUGCUGUUAUCAGUAUGGAGAAUUUAAUAUAUUUACGUUUAUGGCUAGUUCUAAAACAGUACAGAACAAAAGACCAUACCAUGAAUUAAAUACAAUAACAAAGAAAACGAUACCCAAACCAGGGCCAGUUACAAUCAAUAAUUUUAUUAAGUUUAUAAUAAAUUACAAAGUCAAAAGUAAAAUGAUACUAAAACUGUUGACUUACAGUAUAAUGAUUGGCAUAUUCCGGUACAAUGUUGAAGAAGAUAAAAUAAUGUAGAAGAUACAAUGAUGCAAAAGGAAUUGACACACACUCACACACAGCAAAUGUUAGUAAACAAAUCUCUGUCUCGUAGAGCCAAUCUCUAUCGCAAUAGUGAUAAUAAAAAUCUCUCUCUCUGUGUUUCUGUCGCCCAUUCUCUCUAGGCGUAUGUAUAGCCUGUUUUAGAGAUAUUUCUAGAACGGGCUCACAAAUAGUAUUCGUUUCCUCUUUUAUCUUGAGUUUUCUACAUAAUUUAAUAAUACAGGUUAUAGAUUUUAUUUAGUUGUAAACAAGGUCAAGGGAAACUAUGUUUAAUUAGCUACACCCAAAACGAGCUGUUGAAACUUGGGGUCAGCUAAAAUUCUUUCGAGGGGAAAGAUGGCGGUAACGCGUCGUCUACCUUAACACCCAGUACGUAUUUCAACGUGAUGACAAGAUGACCGAUGUAGAUAUACCUUCUGUAUCUUUCGUACAUCUUCUUCGCCCUAUCUUCUCUCUCUCCCUCUCUUUUCUCUCUUUCUCUUUCUCCCUCUCUCUUUCUCUCUGUCUCUACCUCUCUCUUUCUUUCUCCCUCUCCUUAUCACUCUCGCUCUUCCUGCUGUCACUUUCUAUUCUCUUCUUCUGACACUUAUAUCACUCACUUAUCUCUCCAGCUCAAUCUCUCUAUUAUCUCUCAUCUGUCUAAGUUUUAUGUGCACUCUACUUGAAUUAUCAUCUCUUUUUUUUUUUUGGUUACCUAUGGUCCAGUAUAUCUGUAGUCUCACCCUCUUUCAUAACUCAUUUUUUUUCUCUUGUGCAAACCUCUAACCCCUUACUGUGUUACUCCUGUCGGAAUGUUAUAAUGCACUUUUGCUCUUUCGCAUUUAAAAUGACUCUUCUCAUCACUUUUCUCUCUCUCUUUCUCUCACUUUUUCUCUCUCUCUCCCCUCUUUCACAUCCCUCGUCUCACAAUCCAUCUGCAGAGAUGCAAACAAAGCGUUGUGUGUACUCAUCACGUGGAGUAUUUCCAUAAACAGAAUCAGGAACGGCAAUUAGACAAGCCGCUAUAAACAUUUUGCUAAUAAUAAACAUCAAGUCACCCCCCCCCCUUUUUAAAUAAAGAAUAGUUUUAAUAUAUUUAUAUGUAGAGUUUGAUAACAUUAACAAGAGCAUCUUAUACAUCCGGAGCCUAGUAUUUCGAAUGGGAAAGCAUGUCAGUCUGUUGUUGUUGUGUUUUUUCCCCACACAGAUACUACGAAGUUGUGUUCCAGAAAUGGCUACGAAAAUGGGAUAUACCCGCACCCGUCCUCCUGCAGCUUCUACUUGAAAUGUUUGAACUUUAUCACGAUCGAAGAAUCUUGCCCAGUGGGCACGGUGUUUGACCCAUCGCGUCGCGGGUGUGUGGAUCCUAGAGUGGCCUACCCUUGCCACGAGUGGCAGAACACGAACCUUCCGACAGUAUACGGUAAUUAUUGAUUGAGUCUUGCUACGGGGGCUGCCGGUGUCGUCUCCAUAGAUUGGGACAAUGACACAGUAACAAAUCUUUUGAUAGCAAAUAAUUUAACACUUAGAUGACAUAUCCUGAUGGUCAACAGGUCAUGGGUUUGGCUGUUAUGAUCUAAAAUUAUAAACAUAUAACUAAUUCAAUAAUAUGUUAUUAUAUUCGGCCAGUAAGACACCGUUACUUAACUUUCUAAAUUCAAAUCGAGUUUGACGGCCCAUUAAAAUCAUUUCAAGGUUUGUCCGGUUUUAGCUAUGUAUAUGAAAUAAAAGUAAGCGCGUAUGUAUGUGUGUAUGUAUGUCCCGUAUGCGCUCCUACACCAUUCAUGCGAUUGCGAUAAAACGUUGAUGAGUUGUAGUCAACAGGCCCGCACAUGUUUCGGAGUCAUUACAAUUCUUUUAAAAUAUUCCAUUUUGGGCCGUUGGCCUUUAAUUCGGUUUUUUUUUAUGAGCGUUGUAAAAAAAAAAUUAUUUUGCGCUCCUAUACCCUUUAUUCAAAUGCGACAAAACUUUGGCGAGAUGUUCUGCGCACGCCCGCAAAGGUUAUUAAGUUAUUAAAACCAUUUUAAAAUAUUCCGUUUUGAGCCAGCGGGCCCUAUGUUCGUUUUAUCUUAUAUGAGCUAUAUACAUAUAAUUUCAAACAUAUUUAAUACAUGGAUGGAUAGACCUUUAAUCUAAUACGAAUAUGAGGGCCCUAAAUUCUUUUUUUUCUGAUAUGAGCUAUGUUAAAUUAAUUUCAAACAUAGCUAUUGCAUGGGUGGAUGGAAUUAAAACAAAUACGAACUGGGACAUUUCAGUUUGUGUGUACCAUAUGAAGUAGGUGUCUGAAUUAGUACAUUCAUUUAACAAUAUUCCGUUUGGGAUCGGUAGCCCCUAAAUUUGUUUAUAUGUAAUAAAUGAGCAAUAUAAAUAUAAUUUCAAACAUAGCUAUUGCAUGGGGGGAUUAAUCGCUACAACUGUUAGGACUAAAUUUUGAACAUCCAUGAUUCUGACAUGGACAGUUGUGUGUGGUCUGCUCGUGCGUCGAAAACCUUCAUUUUAUUCGAGUAUGCAUCGGACGUUAAAAACAAAACAAAAAAUGUUGUGUAUAUUGAAAGUACUUCAAAAAUCAUAAAUAAAACACAAACACUGCGUUUCUUUUAGUGGCAUUGCAACGCAAGAAAAUGAACCCAAACAGGAUGAGCCCGAAAUUGAAUGUUCAAAACAACUGUUAUAAAUCUGGCUUUUAAAUGGAGAACAUUUUAACAUUAGUAAUUACUUUAACGAAGUGUUUUUGAGGACGUGCUCGCUUAUCACGCUUUAUGAGAUUCAUUCCUAAAACAACGCGAACAAAGCCGGGUAAAUUGGCUAGUAUACAUAUUUAUUUAUACAUAUCGAUAUCCACCUGUGAUAAGGCAUUCACUUAUUUCAGAAAUCAAGAUUGUCUGCGAGUACUUCCGACUGCCGAGAGGCAUCUACCCGGACAGAACCAAGUGCGACCAAUUUGUCGAGUGUGUGAAUGGGGCAACCUACAACCUGCAGUGCCCAACGGGUCUGCGGUUCAACUCAAGGACGGGAGCUUGUGAUACGCUGAGUCAAGUUAACUGCAACGACAAUUACAACUUUAGAUACGAUCAUUCCACUUAAUGGACAGUAUUCCAGUUGAUGAACGCUAAGUGGAUUCCCAUUGGUGUUGUACGUCAGUGCUAAAAAUACAAUAAUAAAUAUGAAAACGAGAAAAUAGAUUUGCAAACUGUAAAAUAUUGGAUCUUAUAGAACGUUAGAAUGAAAAUUCUAAGAAUUUUGAAUUAAAGAUAAGAAUAGGAUAGUCAGACAGCACACCAUUAUUUUCCAAAGUCAUCUACGAAGAAUUCCAACAGAGAACCGAUUUUGGUUGAAUGUACAUCAGGUUAACUGUUUUAAAGUUAGCAAUCACAUUCACGAAACCGUAAUGAGUUUCACUCACCAUAUUGUUGUUGUUUUGUUUUGUUCAUUAACAUAAUAUUAUUUAUUUUUUUAAACAUAAUUUCUCAUCAUUAUAAAGAAUAAUAUUUUACA